GGGGUAUAAAUGGUCAAUGAGGGCACGGGAAACACCUCACUGCCUACGACAGGUGAUGAGCUUGUCCUUUACACCAACCUGAAGACCUGCCGGCUUUCACUACACCAUACACUUCAAGGAAGGCGUAUUAACACUACGUUGUCCAUAGUUUAAAACAGGCUUUGGAGGCAGCCAAUAAACCUGAAAGUGUUCUUCGCUUUUAUAUGAGGGCGUCACCACCAUACCCACAGCACAGAAAGCGUAAAAGCAAGUGGAGACAUACAUCCCUUGCUAGCUGCGGAAAUAGCAAAAGUUGUUGAAGAUGGAACUACGUCUGUGAGAAUAAUAAAGUUACACCUUGAAAGAUUUGUGAACAUAACCUUCACUGGACCAAACAAGCCAGAUAAUAUGAACACUACAUUUUACCCCACACAUCUCACAAUAUAUAGUCAUGUGUACAGGGCCCUUAAGAAAUUGAAGAAAAGUGUGUUUGACCAAGAUGCUUUGCAAAUGCAGAUUAAUGAGUGGCAGAAAGAAUAUAGAGGUGACAAUAUUUUUUUCAGGCCUUUUUCAGAUGUUGAUGGAGAAAUACAGCCAUUGCUGUUUUGUUAUGAGAGUGCAUGGCAGGAGGAUAUCUUAAAAAAAUAUGGAGAUGUAUGUUUGCUUGAUGCCACCUACAAAACAACAAAAUAUGACAUUCCUUUAUUUUUUGUUACAGUAAAGGCAAACAGAUGCUGUUUAGUGGUAGGUUUUUUCUUUAUUCAGGUAGAAGAUACAAGGUCAAUUGCUGAAGCGCUACUUGUUUUCAAGAGGUGGAAUACAAACUUCGACCCAACCUACUGGGUUACUGAUUUUUCAGAGUCCGAGAUAGCAGCAAUUAAAGAAAUAUUUCCAUUUUCAAAAGUGUACUUGUGUUCAUUUCACAGGGAACAGGCUCGGGGGCGAUGGGUUAAAAAGGGUGGGAAUCUAACUGUAGGAACUGAUAAAGAGUCCGUUCUGGAGCUGUGGCGCUAUGUUGCAACGUCUCCCACUGAGGAACAGUUCGAACUCAAUGUUGAAAUGUUAGAGACUCUUGAGGUUUUUCGUAGAAACCCCAAGGCACUUAUUUAUUUUAAAAAUCAAUGGCUCUCACUUGCUGAAAAGUGGGUGAGAGCUUUUGAGAAUAUUGGCAUAUUUGCCAAUAUUAGAACCACAAACGGUGUUGAAACAAUGAACGAGAAGGUCAAAAAGUCUUUUCUGAACUAUGACACAGACAAAACAUUAACAGGAGUUGUUAAGGUAUUAGUAAAUAGUUUCAUUCCUGGCCUCAUGAAAAAGUAUUGCCAAAUGAAUUCUGUUAUUAGAAAGAACAAUGAAGUUGUACCUGCAUUUUUGCACGGAAAGACAUAGGAAUUUAUAACACACUUGUGGAAACGAUAUUCUUCUGCAGAAGAAAGCUUCAGUAAGGAGUCAGUGUCAGUAAUAAGUGAGGGUGUUUUUUCCGUGAAAAGCGACACUUCAAAAGAUGUUGGGUAUACUGUAAACUUUGCGGAACCAAGUUGUACAUGUGAAGAUUACCAAAAGCACAAAUAUAUGUGUAAACAUUUUUAUGCCAUCUUUAUUUUCUAUCCUCAAUGGGGUUUUGACAAAGUAAAUGAAAAGUACAGAAAUAGCCCGUUAAUUUGUUUGGAUAGGACAUAUGGGUAUGGUGCAAGUGGCAGCUGUAUUUAAACAGACUGCGUGAAUUAGAGGAGUCCAGCUAUGAAUGAAGAGCAUAACAUUCCUGAACCAUCAGCUUCUUCUUCAUCUCUGUUUCGAGAGGCAAGAGAGAGAUGUCGGAACAUUAUAAAUCUCACAUACAAUUGUGACAAUGACACGAUAAAAAAAGUGUUAGAGGCACUUAAAAAUGUGGAACGUAUUGGAAGAUUGUCGAACCCUACAGAAAAUGGUCUUCCUUUAGCAGCGACAUCAUCUUCAAAAAUGUAGGAACACUCGUUUAAAUGGAGGCAGAAUUUGUGAAACACAUAUUUGCCCUUUUGCUUUUCUGGAUGUUCGUAUAGAUUUAAUAAUGAAAUGGAUUGAUCAGAGUAUGGUGAGUUAAGUGUCUACAGCAAUCACUUACAUUGGGAGAUUUUUCAGUUUUACAUUAAAAUAUGUGGUAGUACAGCAAAUUUAAAACUGGAAGAACUUCCCAACCAAAAUGAAAGUCAUGGUUACACAACUUGCCAUACCCUCAUAAAUACAUUUUACCAUCAAUAGUUAAAGUAGAUACCCAACUGUGUGCUGAUUGUGCUGCUACUGAUACUUUUUUUGUUAAAUAGUAUUGGUAGCAUGAAGCAAGACUGGAAGUACCAAAAAGCUCUUCUUUAUUUCUUAUAACAAUAAUAAUUAAUAUUAUUACACUUUAUUACAAACAUUGUCAGAGUUAUUGGAGAAAUACACAAUAGGUGGGACCAAUGGUCAUUACUGAAGGUUGAUACAAGAGAAGUAAAACUCUGAAUGGUUUCUAAAAAUCAGAUCUGAUCAAAUUUUACAGAAAGCUACAUGUAAAUAUACAGGAGUAAAAACUGUCACCACUGUUGUCAUGAGAUUUUCUAUAAUGCUAUAGCUAAGACUUUGUAUGUAGUGUCUGACAAUUCAGUAUGGUACUUUUCCAGUAAGUGCAGAAGUGCCUAUUUCAUAUUAGAGUUAGCAACCCGUGUGUGCACCUGUUUAAUGUUAAAAAAGAGUCGUUUUUAUAUAUGUUAGAUCAGAAGUUAAACGACAACACUUUUCAUGUAAAACAGAUGCACAUGCACAUGUGCCAUGUUCAUUUCCCAUUACUGAAAAAUGACUGACCAUUCUAACUACAUUUUAUGUAGGGUUUAUGUAAACAUUUGUAAUGUUUACAGGGCUUUCUUGUCUCUUUUGCAACAAGUGAGGGUUUGGCACUCAUUUAUGUUCCACUACAGUUUCCGCACAAAAUACUCAAACGUACUACUUGCACUGAUUCAGUACAAAAGUCAAUUUCUAAAGCAUAUGACACCAUUGCAUUGUUGUAUCUUUCUGUGCAGGCUCAGGGAUAUAUGUUUCAAUGGUAGGAUUUUUCUGGCAGUCUGGAAUGAGGUUAGAGAGAAAACUAUUGCUAAGACCAUAAAUCCAGUAAUGUUUCAACACCAUUUGUGUGUGAGUGUGAGUGACUGAGUGACUACUUCCAAAAGCAGUUCCUCAACCAUUGUCGCGUGGAUAUCUCUCUCUCUCUCUC